AUGUGUGGUCAGAACACCGAGCACAAUCCGCAAGGGAUGGGCUUGAUCCACGCUCGGCCAUACGGUGCCAAGAUUCCCAAAGGAGACCAGGUUCUCGUACCAGGGACAUUUGUCCUUAAUCCUGAGCUGGAUACCUUGGAGAUUGAUGGCGUGACCCUGUUUGCGAACUUUGCGAAUGAUGUUUGGGAUCAUGACCCGCGUAAAGUAGGGUUACGUCACGUAGCCUUCUUACAUCCAUACGGGUUUUCGGCUUCCAGUUUUCGUAAUCUUCCUCGUUAUGCCCCUUCAAAAGAGCUGCUGCGGCAAGUCGUGGCUCGGCUUCAAAGUGUCACAUUUAUACACUAUGCUAAUGUCGACAACAUAUUCCACGAAUGUCCCGCUGGAAAUCAGGGCCUAUUGAGCUAUUGCUGUUCGCUUCCUGUUGCAGGGGCUACUGGCAACUUCUCACGCCAGCAAGAUCCACGAGUCAUCGGGCACGAAGUAUUCAAGAAUAUCUUUUUCGACAUUGCCAGCCGCUCAGUGCUCGGACAGCCAUACAAAGAAUGGAUGGGUUUGGCAGAGAGAUUGGGAGUGGCAACGCCAUGUGUCUGCAAAAUUGCUUACACAACCCAUCGAAGCAAAUUGCGGAUCAGUGAUGAAUCUGGCACUGUUACGCAUUUGGAGUGUCAAGGCGCAGGACCGGAACUGCAGCUUCGCGAACGGAGAUAUCCCUCCAAACCACAAAGGUUGUUGCAUCUCGAGGAGGCCACAGGGCAGCUCAAUGGAGGAGUCGAAAUCGCAAUAGGAUUUUGGUCAUUCCCUGUCGAGGCUCUCGAUCAAUUCAGCCGAUCCCAAAACCGUUCCGGCCGUCAACUUUGGUGCUUUUAUGACCUUUCUGCUGCCCAACCCGAGCUGUGCCUGUUCGACCCGUAG